AAGUGAGCGAUAGGAUUAGGAGCCUCCCUCCAAACAGAAAGAAAAAAAUAAAAAAAACUGGUCGAGAGAGAGAGAUGUCUAGUGGUGUUCUUUGGGGGGUUUGUCCCAAAGAGACCACCACCACCACCACCCUUUUGCUGAGCAGGCUUGUGAACAGAAAUGGAGUUCCAAUAAGGAGAUCCAAAACGUGCUCUUUUUCUUCUUCUUCUUCUUCUAAAGCGUUGGCGUUCUCGGGCACGGUGGCAACCCCAGCGAGAUCUUCCGAAGAGAAGGUCUACCAAGUGGUGCUCAAACAAGCCGCUCUCGUCAGAGAACAAAGUAUUAGUAACAAUAAUGGUAAUAUUACACACAACAAAGACAAAGCUUUGCACUUUAAUCCAACCGUUGAAACGACUACUGAUGAAAGCACCAAUUGGGAUCUCUUAAAAGACGCUUUUAAUCGCUGUGGCGAAGUCUGUGCCGAGUACGCUAAGACAUUUUAUCUGGGCACAUUAAUCAUGACACCAGAACGGAGAAAAGCUGUUUGGGCAAUUUAUGUGUGGUGCAGAAGGACAGAUGAGCUAGUGGAUGGACCUAAUGCUUCACAUAUCACACCCAAGGCUCUUGACAGAUGGGAACAACGGUUGAGUGAUCUUUUUGAAGGUCGCCCGUUCGAUAUGUAUGAUGCCGCUCUAUCUCACGCCGUCUCAAAUUAUCCCGUUGAUAUACAGCCCUUUAGGGACAUGAUAGAAGGAAUGAGGCUAGACUUGAGAAAGUCAAGGUACAGGAACUUUGAUGAGCUAUACCUUUACUGCUACUAUGUUGCUGGGACUGUUGGACUUAUGAGUGUUCCUGUAAUGGGGAUAUCCCCGGAAUCAAAAGCUUCAACAGAGAGUGUUUACAAUGCUGCAUUGGCACUUGGGAUUGCAAAUCAGCUCACUAACAUACUCAGAGACGUCGGGGAAGACGCUAGGAGAGGAAGGGUAUAUCUCCCACAAGAUGAACUUGCACGCGCCGGCCUAUCGGAUGAAGACAUCUUCCGUGGGAAAGUAACGGACAAGUGGCGGAGUUUUAUGAAGGGCCAAAUAAAGAGAGCUAGAAUGUUCUUUGAUGAGGCUGAGAAGGGCGUUUCAGGGCUCAACUCGGCAAGUCGAUGGCCAGUGUGGGCAUCUUUAUUACUAUAUAGACAAAUAUUGGACUCUAUUGAAGCCAAUGACUAUGACAACUUCACGCAGCGCGCUUAUGUAGGAAAAGCAAGGAAAUUCCUAUCCCUUCCCGUGGCCUAUGCCAGAGCAAUUAUGGGAUCCUCACAAACUGCUUAGUUGGUCACACAAUUAGAGUCAAAUUUGAUAUCUUCAUGGAGUUUUUUGAAUUUGUCCCAAAUUGUGAAUUUUUGCUGACAAAUAUUGAAAUUAAAUGUUCAUAGUAAAUUUCUGCUGAAA